AUGAGAACGUCCAUUUGGAUCAGCCUCACUGGGACUCUGGUGGCCGCCCAGGGAUACCCUGGAAACUACGGCUCCAGCGCACCUCCACUGGGUCCCAGUGACUGGGAGCGCACUCCGGUGUCAGUGUUCAACAAGGUUCUCAACACGCAGCCCGAUCCUGACUAUGAUCUCCUGAAAGAAUUGGUGACCUUUGAUUGCACGUACAUCUCGUUGACGUUCGACAAUCCCACACUGCAUGGAAUAAUGCCUUGGGCGGGCACGCACAGCCAUGUGGGACCGCAGGCCUUCAUCGACAUCUUCACCCGCGUCGGUCUGUAUUGGGACCGCGGGCCAUUCUCCAUUGAUCACAUCUUUGGAGAUGAAGGAAAUGUCACCGCAUGGGGCUCAUUCACAGCCACGUCACGCCUCCUCGGGAAGACAGUCAUUUCGCCGUGGGCUGCACGGGCGCGGGUGAACUCCGCCAACCAGAUCUUCGAGUUCCAGUGGAUGGAGGAUACUUUUACCACGGCCUCGUCUUUCGGAUCGGACAACAGUACUAAGUUGUUUUAUUCAAACCCCGAGGGCGGCCACACCAGUGUCUAG